AUGACAUGACAUAAAUAUAUAAGAGGAACCAGUUGUUUAAAUGUAAAAUAAUAGCUGAUAUCGUUUAUUUGUUGUAGUAAUAAUGAAUGUGGACCAAGAAGAACGUUUAGAUCUUAGUGGUGUUUUUAAAAAUGAAGCGGAUCUUAUUUCUGAACGAAGAAAACGACAAACACAGAAUAACGAAGAUGACGAUAAUUUUGAUGAGUUUGAAACCAAAACACCGGGAGCAGGACACAAUGUUGAAAUUAAACAAGAAAUUAUCGAAUGCGAAGAACCUAAAAUUGAACAACGUUCGGAUUUGCUGUCAAAAAUUAACACUGAUUUGACGCCAAGAAAAAAAGUGCGUUUUUGUGCUACAGCUAUUAAAAAAGAACUCUGGAAUACUAGUGAAGUUAAAGCUGCAGAUAUCAGAGAAAUGAAGAAAGACACUAAUGAAUAUUUUCAGACUAAAGUUGAACUUUUGCAUACGCAUUGUGAUCUACCGACUUUGAAAAAUGAAAAUACUGAAUAUCCAGAUUGUUUGACAAAGUCGUGCGACAGGAAACAGGAUAAAAGCAUAUCGUUAUCGAAUACGUUAAAAAAUAACCCAAAUGUUAUAAAAAGGAAAGGGAAGCAGUACCGCUGUCAAAAAAAUUCCCACGGAAAGUAUUUGAAAAAAAAUGCCGUGCAGAAACAUUUAAUAACCCACACUAAUGAAAAAACAUACAAGUGUGACAUUUGUUCCAAGGAAUUUACACAAAAACCUAAUUUACAGGUACAUUUAAAAAGAAACCACACUAACGAUAAUAAACCAUUCCAGUGUAAUAUUUGUUCCAAGAAAUGUACUCACAAAUGGAACUUAAAGACACAUUUAAAAAUCCACACCAAUGAAAAGCCAUUCCAGUGCAGCAUUUGUUCCAAGAACUUUACUCAAAAACAUCACUUACAGUCACAUUUAAGAACCCACGCUAAUGAAAAAUCAUUCAAGUGUGACAUUUGCUCCAAGGAAUUUAAUCAUAAAUGUAGCUUACAGCUACAUUUAAGAAUCCAUAAUAAUGAAAAACCAUUUCAGUGUAAUAUUUGUUCCAAGGAAUUUACUCAGAAACAACACUUACAGAAACAUUUAAGAACCCAUACUAACGAAAAACCAUUCCAGUGUAGCAUUUGUUCCAAGAAAUUUACUCAGAAACAUCACUUACAGUCACAUUUAAAAACCCACGCUAAUGAAAAAUCAUUCAAAUGUGACAUUUGCUCCAAAGAAGUAAAUCAUAGAUCUGGAUUACAGAGCCAUUUAAGAACCCACAGUAAUGAGAAAUCAUUCCAGUGUAACAUUUGUUCCAAGAAAUUUAAUAAUAAACCUACCUUACAGAGCCAUUUAAGAAUCCACAGUAAUGAGAAACCAUUCCGGUGUAACAUUUGUUCCAAAAAAUUUCUUCGGAAAUUCAGCUGGCAGAUACAUUUAAAAAAUCACACUAAUGAAAAACAAUUUCAGUGUAACACUUGUUUCAAGGAAUUUAGUCUUAAAUCUAGCUUACAAAUACAUUUAAGAAUCCACAGUAAUAAAAAACCAUUUCAGUGUAAUAUUUGUUCCAAGGAAUUUACCCAAAAAUACCACUUACAGAGCCAUUUAAGAACCCACACUAAUGAGAAACCAUUUCAGUGUCACAUUUGUUCCAAGAAAUUUCGUCGAAAAGUUAGCAUGCAGAUACAUUUAAGAAAUCACACUAAUGGAAAACAAUUUCAAUGUAACAUUUGUUCCAAGAAAUUUAAUUUUAAAUCUAGCUUACAGAUGCAUUUAAAAAUCCACAGUAAUGAAAAACCUUUCCAGUGUAACAUUUGUUCCAAGAAAUUUACUCAGAAACAGCAAUUACAGACGCAUUUAAAAAUCCACACUAAUGAAAAAUCAUGCAAGUGUGGCAUUUGUUCCAAGGAAUUUAAUCGUAAAUCCAGCUUACAGAAACAUUUAAAAACCCACGCUAAUGAGAUACCAUUCCAGUGUAAUAUUUGUUCCAAAAAAUUUACCCAUAAAUGUAGCUUGCAGAUACAUUUAAAAACCCAUACUAUUGAAAAAUAGGGGUGGGCAAAAUAAUCAAUUAAUAGAUUC